CUGCAGCUUUAAGACAGUCACCUGACGACAAAGACGGCGGGGGGGGGGGGGGGACGACGACGACUCAUGGAGGAAGCAGGAAGUUCGUCUACCAAGAAACAGAGCCUGAGCACAUAAACAAUACACAAAGGAACUAAAGUCGUACUGACACUUGGACACAGUUUUCGCAAUGGCGGGUAUCAAAGCACUGGUUGGUUUGUCCUUCAGUGGUGCCAUCGGCCUGACAUUUCUUCUUCUGGGUUGUGCACUGGAACAGUAUGGGGUAUACUGGCCGCUUUUUGUCCUGAUUUUUUAUGUCUUGAGCCCCAUCCCGACCUUCAUAUCCAGACGCCUCAGUGAUGAUGACUCCGCCAGCAAUGCAUGCAGAGAGCUGGCCUACUUCUUAACGACGGGCAUUGUCGUGUCAGCCUUUGGGCUCCCUAUUAUCUUAGCCCGCACCAGCACAAUCCAGUGGGGUGCCUGCGGCCUGGUGAUGACAGGAAACGCCGUCAUCUUCCUCACAAUCCUCGGCUUUUUCGUGGUGUUUGGAGGUGGCGACGACUUUAGCUGGGAGCAGUGGUAGUGUGCCUUUGGACAGUGGCCAGACAGAAGGAUGGAUGGAUGGAUGGAUGGAUGGAUGGGUGGGUUGGUGAAUAGUUUAAUGUAUAGACUGAAGACUGAGGGGCACAUGUGUCCUGUACUCAGUGGAGGGGGUCACACUCAGGUAUAGGCCUUUAAAAAUGUAAAGAAAUUAUUGGGCAUGUUAUUUGGCCAAAUUUUAUAUUACGGGGUAUCACAACCUGUUAAUGUGCCUUAUGUCUGAGACCAGAGAGACACUGAUGUCUACACCCCUCUCAUGCUAUAACUCCAUCACUAUCCACCUUAGUCCAUGUAUUUUAGCUUGUCUUGCAUUUGUUUCAACCCUCAAAUCAUCUUUCCCAUUGCAGCUUUCUGCUAUUUCAUUAGUUAAUCACUUUCAUAAAGGGAUCCUAAAGAGCAACUCUAUUGUAAUCUACAUUAUCUGUCCUCAGUGUUCAAGGGGGAAGCGGCUAUACUGAGUUAGGGCUUGCUUAUUACGAGUGUUUCUAUUUAAAGAGUAAUGGCAAGGUAAGUUAUCCUAAUUCAUGCUAUCUGACAAGUAGUUAUAGGAUUCCUAAUCAGGUAAGAUGUGUUUGUAUGGAGAUCUUGUGUGUGUUUUUUUUUUUUGUUAUUUUGCUAGAAGACUUUAAAGCCUUACAUUUUGUUCUGGUGCAAUUGUUUACAUUCUCACCAAAGAUCAUUUUUUAGACUGCAAAAAAAAAAGAGGAGCAUAUUCACCACUGAACUGUGGGGAUUUGAUGUAGCACUGUGUAGUGAAUAUCUAAACCUCUAUGCUCAGUUGUUGUGUGAACAGUCCAGAGAAGUCCAUUUUAUAUAUUCAUGCAGACAAUGAACAAAUUCAUACUAUUGAUAAAAGAACAUAUUGUUAAAUAGUGAAAUAUAUUUAACAUGUUUAAAUGCAGUACAUGCAUGUUUUUAAGCUCAAUAUCUUUGUCCUAAUUGAGAGGACUCCACCUGCAAAAUCAUUCAUAAGUGCCUGUUCAUACACAGUGAAUAUUUUAAUUAAUGGAAAAAUCACUGUGUCAAUUUUUCCAUUGACAUCUGUAAAUCAAUACUUCAUCCUCGUGUAUUUUUUCAUCAUCAGUAAUUGACCUUUAAUGACUUUCUGGAGUUUGUCAGUUUGGUUCAUAGACUAUCAUCAGAUCCAAUACUAUCAAUGUUGUAAAAAUUCUGCUCACUGUCAUAUAUAUAGUUGCUCAUGUGCUUAAUUCCUCAUACACAACUCUGUUGCAAAAGGAAAAAAAUAUACUGUGCCUUUGACAACUGACAUGUUCAUAACCGUCUGUGGGGGAGCUUUGCUCUUUCUAUUGUGACUUCCCUAGCCACACUUUAAAAACACUAACGAGCACUUUAUGAGCUCUCAAGUGUCAUUUUGUAAGCUCCUGACUGCAUUUUGUUUUCUAACAUUGAUUAAAAUCCUCUGUAUAGUGAAACAAA